AUGACCACCCGUCGCCCCCAAGGCCAGACAUACGCCGUGAAGCUCGCUGCUCCUGCCCCGGCCCAGGCCGAGUCGGACGUCACCCCGGCUGUUCCUGCGAGUGUCAUUUACAAGCUCCUCGGUUUCACGGCUGCGAUGGUGUUUGCCCCGAUUGGAAUGUACUUUUUGACUAUCGAUUCGAUCUUCGGCGGAAAUACGACGUGGGCUGGUAUCACGGCGGCCGUCACUGCCAAUGUGGUUCUCUUUGCUUAUAUUAUCGUCGCCUGGAGGGAAGAUCAAGGAGACAGACAGGCGGAGGCAAACGAGAGAGAAAAGAAGGCGCAAUAG